AUCUCCUCUGACAAAAAGACUCGAGAUCUUCUGCCAAAAAACUCCAAACUAUCCUCUUAUCCGUUGCCUCUUUUGAUCAAUUUGAUCUCAGACCAAACUCUGUCUAUGUCAAUUCCCAAGGUGCUUUUCCAGCUAAGUCUGUUCCUGGAAGGUGGCACACAGUGAAGGGACCAAAAACACUUAAACCAGAUUCAAGGUACACAGCCACCAGCACACCUCCAUAUUCUCUGAACUCACAUAAAAACUAUUGCUUUCUUGUCUCAAGUGCAAACUUUUCAGUUGAGUUAGCCCAUACCCAACUUGAUCCUUGUCUCCGAAUUGGGCAGAUACUCAGAUUAAUGGUGUCUAGUUCUUGGUAAUAUAGUUCCAAAUAUUGGGGUUCUAGUAGUAUCGGAAACACGUACAAACUUGACCAAAGAUUGACUCUUGGUCUUCUUCUUUAUAUUGUCUGCUGGUUCACUUGAAUAAUACAUGUGAAAUAUUGGUUACUUGAAAAUGGUUAAAUCCUGUUGGAAACCAUCUGUCGAGGGCGAUUGCGGCCGUGUUGAUGGUUUGUUGUGGUAUAAAGAUUUGGGGCAACAUGUUUAUGGAGAAUUUUCAAUGGCUGUGAUUCAAGCCAAUAGUUUGUUGGAGGAUCAAAGCCAACUCGAAUCAGGGCCGUUGAGUUUGAGUAGUUCUGGUCCUUAUGGGACUUUCAUCGGUGUAUAUGAUGGACAUGGUGGACCUGAGGCUUCCCGCUUCAUCAAUGACAACCUUUUCUGCAAUCUUAAGUCAUUUGCGUCUGAGCAUCAAGAGAUAUCAACAAAUGUUCUCCGAAAGGCCUUCUCUGCAACAGAAGAGAAUUUUCUUUCCCUUGUGAGGAAACAGUGGCUCGGGAAGCCGCAGAUGGCGUCGGUAGGAUCUUGCUGUUUGACGGGAGCGAUUUGCAAUGGACUGCUAUACAUUGCAAAUGUUGGAGAUUCCAGAGUAGUCUUAGGCAGAGCAGAAGGAGGAACUAGGGAAGUUAUUGCAAUGCAAUUAUCCACUGAACACAAUUCAAGUAUAGAUGCUGUAAGAGAUGAGCUUCGGUCAUUGCAUCCCCAUGAUCCACAGAUUGUUGUGAUGAAACACAAAGUUUGGCGUGUGAAGGGCCUGAUACAGAUUUCUAGAUCAAUUGGUGAUGCAUAUCUAAAGAAAGCAGAGUUCAACAAAGAACCUCUCCUGCCUAAAUUUAGACUUCCUGAAUCCUUCCAAAAGCCGAUCCUUAGUGCAGAGCCGUCAUUGUUGAUACACAAGCUCCACCCUGACGAUCAAUUUCUCAUCUUUGCUUCUGAUGGUCUGUGGGAGCACCUUAGCAACCAGGAGGCUGUCAAAUUUGUCCAGACAAGCCCACGAAAUGGAAUUGCCAGGAGACUCGUUAAAGCUGCACUUAAGGAAGCAGCAAAGAAAAGAGAAAUGAGAUACUCAGACCUGAAGAAGAUUGAUCGAGGGGUCAGGAGACAUUUCCAUGAUGAUAUCACAGUCAUCGUCGUGUUUCUAGAUCCCCAUCUGAUCAAUGGGGGCUCCUCCCAUAGCUCUCCAUUAUCAAUAAAAGGUGGAGUGGGACUCCCUGCUGCUGCUGUCUCAUAGCCAGCGGCAAGGAUUGGAGUUGAAUUUCUUAGAACUUAUCCUCAAUUGCCAUACAAACAGGGGGACCAACUUCCUUUCAUUAGACUUGUGCAAGGAUUCCCAUUAAGGGUAAUCGGAAUACAUUGAGACUCCUUAUUGCCAAAGAAACUUUGGAUAACUGGAUGAUAAUCUGUAGAUAAUGAUUUCCAUGUAAUUUUGAU